AAUCGUUCAGUUGCUGCGCUCGCUUCACGGCGAGUAGCUAUACGAUUUUUCCGGGAGGCUUACUCGUCGUCCCGGAAAUUCCAAGAGUCGUCAAAAUAACAUAAAAAUUGUUGCGAAAACGACAAUUGCGUCUGAAUCCUGUGUAGGUGUACAUUUGUUUUGUACGGCUAUGCCGAUGAAUUGAAUGAACGAAAACAAACUGAAUGGAGCGUGCACAACAAACAGGGAUGGACGCAAACGUCAAUAACUGCCGGAAGUCCAAACGCGGCAACUCGUCGAGCUCGAAAAUCAAAAAGCAAUUAGAAAACGAACUUAACCGGCAGCGGAGUUUUUUCGUUACUGGCACUCCGCGUCAAAACAAUGGACAACACGUUCAGAGAGAAAAUUUCAACAAAAGCAUUAAUGUGCUAACGGGAGUGAAAAAACCUACUCUCGAAAUCUAUCGGCCACCAAGUUUGCGGAAUGGCGACGUAAAUAAUAACAAUGAUAAUGUAUAUGUAGCCAACGGAUUGCAGAAAUCAAAGGGUGCAAAAAAUUCGGAAAAUUCAGCAGUGCCUGUGGAUGAAUGCAAGUUGAAUGUACACGCCAAGGAGUUUACCAUAGAACGUUCAAAAACUGCUCCGCAGUCUAUUAUGAACUACACUAAACAUGAGAAAUAUGACAAAAACAUUGGAAUCGGUGCACUAUCUAGAUCAAGAACGUUUUUUACAAAUGGAGAUUUUAGACCGAAUAAUCAGAAAAAAAGCUACGAUUACAAAAGUUAUAAACCUAACUUUCAGCAGACAAAAAAUAUUUUACACCAAAAAGAUUCUCUAGGAUUGAAAGUUCAGUUUAAAGAACCGUUCAAACAAAAAACGAAAAAUGAAGAAUCAAGUAAAUGUUCAACGAUUUUGACAAACGACGAUUAUAGUUUGAGACGGUCAAAAAGCUAUAAUGGACAGGACAAUAAAUAUGUUGACACGUCUAGCAAAACUUUGUUAACAGACUUUAAUGUUAAUGAACUGAAUAAUUUCCCCGAAGAUAUUAGUAAAAUGGCAAAAUCAAUCUUGAAUGACACAAAAAAUUCCCCAGUUAAGGAUUUGAUGUUGCUAGCUUUGAAAAUCAUUGAGCAUGCUGUCAAUAGCAAAAUCGAGGAUCUAAAUCCGUCGGUAAAUCUUUCUCUGCAUAUAAUCGAGGAAGACACCCGAGAUACUUACGUGAAUAUGAUCAUCAACACGGUGCAAUUGUGGUUUGUCAAACGAGAAAAGCUAUUGCAACCACCUAGACUAUACUCAUAUGCUACGUUUGUACUUCAAAUUUAUAGAGGAAUGAAACAAAAUAAAGUGCUUUUAAACCGAAUGGAACUCGAGUAUUAUUCACGAAAGCAAGCGUUGUUAAUGUUACUGGCUAAAAUUUGUGAACAUUGUUUAUUGCCCGACAAAGGAGAAAAUGCCAAUGCCGAAGUAAACUGCAUGUUCAGCAUAGUAAAUGCUGUUGGACCAGACUUGGAACAAGAAAUUCCGGACACGCUACAGCAACUGUACGUUACUAUGAGAGACACUCUGUUGACCCAAGACUGUUCAACAUUUGUCAAGAAAUCCUUAUUGCAUCUUAUCGAAUUAAGAGCUUUUAAGUGGGCAUUACCUCAACCGACUCUAGAUUUUUACAACUCCAUGAAAACCAACAACGCUUAAUUAACAUUUUUAGAAUCGCCAAACACUUAUUAAUUAUUGCACUCAAAAUAUGAUUCAAUUGUAUCAUUAUAUAUAUUUCACUAAUGAUUGACUCGUUACAUUAUCUAUAUAUAGAAUAGACAAAAUAUUUGUUAGCUCCAUCCAAUAACUAGAAGCUAUUUUUUUUUUGUUAAAUGUAAAACAGAUUGAUUUUUGAUAAUGUUUAACUGAAAUAAUUUUUAACAUUUUUGUAUACGAUUAAUUAAAUUUAAAAAAAAGUUC